CAAGUACAUGUUCAAAUAAUAGUCAAACUACAAGUAGAGAAAAUGAUGGCAUGAUGAUGGAAGAAAAGAAGACACAAGACAAAUCUAUUAAAGAAGAAGGACAGAAGAAGGAAGAAAAACUAAAGAAGGAAGAAGCAGAAUUGAAAAAGAAGAAUGAUGUAAUUAUGAAGGAAGAAGAGAGGAAAAAGAAGAAGGAAGAAGAAAUGACAGAAGAGCAGAAGAAGAAGGAAGAAAAACUUAAGAAGGAAGAAGAAGAACUGAAAAAGAACAAGGAAGAAAAGAAGACACAAGACAAAUAUAUAAGAGGAGAACAGAGUAAGAAAGAAAAACAAAAUAAGGAAGAAGCAGAACUGAAAAAGAAAAAUGAUGUAACUAUGAAGGAAGUAGAGAGGAAAAAGAAGAUGGCAGAAGAAAUGAAAAAAGAGCAGAAGGAGACAGAACAAAAAGCUUUGAAAGAGGAAGAAGUUCAGGAAAAGGAGCAGGAAGAGAAGAAGAAAGAAGAAAAAAACAUCAGAAAAACGGAAAAAUAUUAUUUAAACCGAAAACAUAAACAAAAGACAAAAACUAUACACGAUGUACACAACAGACGAAACUACCGUUAAUAUUGAAGAACUGGGCCCGUAUUCACCAACCAAUUCUUAGACUUAAGAAUAAAGAAUAGACUUAGAACAAAGAAAAAUGCAUUCAGUGUUUAAAUAUAUACAAGCUACC